CUUGCGCGUUUCAUUCUUCUCACUCUCCAGAUCUCUCUCUCUCUCUCUCUCUCUCUGUCGCGUUGGAGCUUUCGAUCAUGUGAUUCGAAGGUCUAGGGUUGAUGCCAUGGUUGUCUGCAAAUGCCGCAAGGCGACCAGACUUUAUUGCUUUGUGCACAAGGUUCCUGUUUGUGGUGAAUGUGUAUGCUUUCCAGAACACCAAAUUUGUGUGGUAAAAAAGUACUCUGAUUGGGUUGUUGAUGGAGAAUAUGAUUGGCCACCCACAUGUUCUCUUUGUAAUGCUGGCCUUGAAGCUGAAAGCAAUUCUCAAACUACUCGAUUGGGUUGCUUGCAUCUCAUGCACACAGAAUGUUUAGUGUCACAUAUUCGAAAUUUUCCCCCUCAAACUGCACCAGCAGGAUAUGUCUGUCCGGCAUGUUCAUCUCCUAUAUGGCCGCCGAAAAGCAUCAAAGAUACAGGUUCUCGCCUUCACUCAAAGUUGAAGGAGGCAAUAAUUCUGAGUGGCUUAGAGAAAAACAUAUUUGGCAGUCACCUGGUUCCUUUGCCUGAUGUGGAGAAUCGUCCUCCUCCUCCUCCUUUUGCAUCAGACCCCCUUGUCAGUGUGGCUGAUGACAGAUCAAAGAAUAACUCAAAUCCAUAUAGUUCUGUCAGCAAUACGAGCUUAUCAUCUUCUUUUCCCAGGGAUGAGAAGUUCCCAAAUGAUAUGUACAUUUCAACUGCUGGAACAUCUGCUUUGAAAAUUCCAGAACAAGAUAUUAUUGAAAUAGAUGGCUCCGGUUCUGUGGGAAACCAGCUCAUGUCAGAUCAUGAUCCCAGUAUCAUGAAAAGUUCAAGUCCUGUAGGUCCUGGUGCCACAACAAGAAAGGGUUCUUAUCCAGUUGAUCGGCAAAACUCUGAAAUUUCUUACUAUGCUGAUGAUGAAGAUGGCAGCCACAAGAAGUAUUCUAGGAGAGGUCCUUUCCGUCAUAAGUUCCUUAGGAUGCUACUACCUUUUUGGUCAAGUGCCCUGCCAACUCUACCAGUUACUGCACCUCCAAGAAAAGAAGGGUCUAACAAAGUUGAUGGUGAAGGGAAGUCACGCCAUCAGAAAUCAUCCAGGAUGGACCCGCGAAAAAUCUUGCUGAUGAUGGCAAUUAUAGCAUGUAUGACAACAAUGGGCAUCUUGUAUUACCGGCUGGCACAAAGCAGUCUUGGUGAAAGUCAUCCUGAAGGCGAAGAGGAACCUCAGUGAGUUCAUCCCUGCUCAGUUGUUUUAUAUACUACUACUGCCUAUUUCCAUACCAGUGGAUCUCAAGGUCAAUGUCGAUAAUAGUAACUUUUAUUCUGCCGUGGAGAAUUCAAAAAUACUGGCUUCAUCUGUUAAAAGGGCUAAGAUUUUUCUGAAACAUUAGCUCUGCAUUUCUCGGGUUGUUUUUCCCCCUCAUACCAUGCAUGAUUCUACAUUGAAGUUUAGAAGCUAUUGUGUCUUCCGCCUUGUUCGCCCUUUCGAAUCAGUCCUUUAAAUUUUGUUUUCAGCCUUUCACUAUAUCUCCAAAUAAAUGUAUGAUCAUUGUGAAGUAUGAGUCUAAAGCCUGAGAAAAAAACCAUGAAUAUCUGAUAUAAGGCUUUCGGUGAAUUAUCUGUUAUGAUUUUGCUCAUCAAAUGUAUGACUAUUUGUGGGAGAAAAGAAACUGGGAUUUCGGUA